AUAUGUCUUCUUCUAUGGCAGAGCUAAACAAAGGUAUUCUAAAAACAGAGAGGAGAAGCUUAGCUCUGGUCUUCAUCUUGCGUCUGCUGCAGAAGCUGGACCUUUGCCUUUUUCAGGUUUCCUUGUGCACAAAUCCUAUAUGGCUUAUUAAAACAAGAUUGCAGCUUCAGAAUCCUCUAAAUCAAAAUUGACGUUAUGCUGGUAUAUAUGAUGCCUUAAGAACAAUACUGAGAGAGGAAGGAUGGACUGCACUUUAUAAAGGACUUGGUCCUGGUCUCUUGAUGGUCUCUCAUGGAGCUAUUCAGUUCACAGCAUAUGAGGAACUGCGUAGGAUAAUGGUUGAUUAUAAAACAAGAAAACAGAAAUCUGAAAGUGCCAGUAAUUUGUUGAACUCAUUUGACUACGCUUUGCUUGGGGGGUCAUCUAAAAUUGCCGCCAGUCUUGUUCCAUAUCCAUUUCAGGUUAUUCGAACUCCAACUCAGCAAAGACCUAGUGACGAGGGAAUUCCAAGAUAUAUGAACAGUUGGCAUGUUGUGAAGGAAACAGCACGGUUUGAGGGUCUUCAUGGAUUUUACAAAGGGAUAACCCCGAACCUUCUGAAAAAUGUUCCUGCUUCUUCGAUAACAUUUAUUGUUUACGAAAAUGUAUUCAAAUUGUUAAGACCGUUAAGAAAGAAUGGUUGAAGAAGGCGUCAACGUCAACAAUGAAUGCAUGGGGUUGAGAAGGAAGAAAGAUUCAGGACACAUCAACUUAAUUAAAGUACAAAUAUCACAACUUAUUUUGGCAAUAUUAUUCACCCGUGAGAUAUACAUUUCGAUCAUCUUAUUCUACGGCUAUAUCAAAUUCGAUGUAUGCUGUCAGAAGCCAUGCCAUUUGUUAGCCAAAUCAAUGGUCUUCAUGGAAACUGCUUGGAUCUUCCCUUUCCCAUUUUCAGCUCAGUUUAUGAAAUCGACACUGGAUGUGGGAAAAUGAAGACUACUCGAUCGUGUUUGUUUUCCCUGCUCCAGGCUUUAUGAAUCGAGAGAGUGUGGAAGAACUUUAUACGGGUUGAGUAUCCCAUUGGGGUCAAGCAGUUUUUUUAUGGAACCCAUCGUUUUUACCUAUCAAAACAAAUUCUCGAUUUAGACGCCUUGAAGCAACCAUGACCGGAAGAAACAAAAUUAGCAGGCAGAACGUUGUAGUAUUUUUUUUUGUUUAGAAGAAAACUCACGGUUUCUGGAGAUUUGCUGUAAUAAAUCUUGUUAGCUUUCAUCAGUCCCAGGCCAUGUUCGGCACUGAUACUCCCCCGGUGCUUAGAUGUCCAUUCGUAGACAUAGGGUUCGAUUUGUUCUAAAAUCUGUGCAAUAUAUUGCAGAUGCUUAAUAAAAAUAUUGAAGCAUUUCAAGUUU